UUUGUCUGAAUGGGAAAGUAUAUUCAGUAGCACAUGCUGAAAUAUAUAGUCAGCAGUUUUAUGGUGCAAACAUCGGUCAUUAUCUUUAAUUGUUCAUAACUAUAUUCAAGUAUUAAUAAAUUAUAAUAAACAACGAACAAGGGCUAAAAUUUUUUGCAAGUUACUCGGAGCCAUAUCCUUGAUAACAUGUGUUAAAGUUAUCUAAAUCGGUGAGAUCAACUCUAAUAUCAAGGUUUCUACGAGUGCAACGGAUUCAAAUUCAUAUAUAGUGCGUGAAAAAAAUGCGGAUGCUAAAAGUAGUAUUUUUUUGGUUGUGCUACCUGUCAAUUUGCCAUGGAUAUCGUUUGCUCGCACUAUUUCCCUUUCAUGCUAAAAGCCAUUUUGUUAUGUUCGAGCAAUUGUCGAAAGGCUUGUCCAGAAAGGGUCAUCAGGUCGACGUAAUCAGUCCUUUUCCAUUGAAAAAACCUUAUCCUAAUUAUACCGAUAUUGUGAAGCUUGUGCCGCCUGUAACAUUUGUUAACAAUAUGUCGUAUGAAUUAAUGCAACAAAUAUUGAGCGGGAGUCCGGUGCAUACUAUUGCAAUAAUAGCAGGCAAUGAUAUUUGCCAAUAUUUGGAAAAUCCGGUGAUUCAAGAGCUGGCGCGUAAUCCACCGAAAGAUCCACCUUAUGACGCGGUGCUCAUGGAAGUUUUUGGUGCUCAUUGUUUCGGAAUUUUCGCGCAUUUGUGGAACAUUCCUUUGAUCGGGAUCAGUACAACAUCACUGUAUCCAUGGCUACCUCCGAUGAUCGCUCAACCAGAGAGUUUGGCUUUUAUGCCAAACAAUUGUUUGGGUUUUAUUGGUUCCAUGAAUUUCUGGCAACGUUUAUACAAUACGCUGCACACGUUCUACAACAAGUUGCAGUUCUAUUAUCUCACGAGAGCGCAAGACGAAAUAAUAAGAAAGCAUUUUGGACCUGACAUGCCAGGCGUACGAGAAAUAGAAUCCAAAGUGGCGUUGAUCCUCAUCAAUUCUCACUUUAGUCUAAAUGGGAUCCAGCCAAAGACACCUGCUGCUGUGGAUGUGGGAGGACUGCAUAUCCAGGACGAGGCUAACUCAACGUUACCAUCUGAUUUAGAAAAAUGGAUAAACGAUAGUAAAGACGGUUUUAUCUAUUUCACUUUUGGCUCUAUGGUAAUGAUUGAGACAUUUCCACCUGAGUUCUUGAACAUACUUUACACUUCUUUAGGCAAAAUAGCACCUGUGCGUGUUUUAAUGAAGAUACCGAAUCCGGAGAAAUUACCACCCGGUUUACCCGAAAAUGUUUACACAUCUCCUUGGAUGUCGCAGAUUAAAAUAUUGAAGCAUCCUAAGAUAAGAGCCUUCAUCACUCAUGGCGGACUCAUGGGGACGCAGGAAGCGAUAGCAUACAGUGUUCCAAUGAUCGGUAUACCACUCUUUGGCGAUCAGUUUAUGAAUAUUGAUGCAUACGUUGCCAGAAACAUUGCCAUAAAAUUGGACUUCAAAAAAAUGACAGAAAAAGACAUGGACGCAGCCUUAAACGCAAUCUUAUGGGAUCCCGUAUAUAAAGAAUCUGCUCGAAAUUUGUCUAAAAAAUUUCUCGAUCGGCCAGUAAAGCCGCUUGAUACCGCUAUUUUUUGGAUCGAAUAUGUUAUCAAAUACGGCAAUGACGUCUUGCGAUCGCCUGCGUUGGAUUUGACUUGGUGGCAAUUAUAUCUCGUCGAUGUGUUUGCCUUUCUUCUAUUUUGCAUAGCAAUUAGUAUUAUUGCUAUAGUAUUUAUCGUGCGUUUCUUGUUGGAAAUGAUAAAUAGAAAUUAUCAGAGUUCGUCGCAUACAAAGAAAAUAAAUUAAUUAAUCACAUUAUUUUUAAAUAGAAUAAUUCUAUAGAUACAAUUGCUUUUUAUUAUUGAUGCGUUGCGCAUUUAAGAAAAAAAAAUACAGUUAUAUUUUUAAUAAAUACAUUAUCAAAUGAUAAAGAAAGAUUGUAUUUUUUUAAACUGUGAUAAAUUUUCUCUUCACAGUUUUUUCUCUCAGUCUCUCUUUCUUUUUUUCUUUAUCUCUCUAACAAUCAUAAAUCAAAUAAAUCAUAUAAUUUGGGCAAGCACUCAGAUAUCUUGAAUUUAAAUUUUGACAAUCGAUAGUAUCGAUAACAAAUUAGUAUUAUCAUAGAAAACUUUAAUCUAACUUAUAUUAUUGAUAUUACUGAUAUUAUAAUAUUUUGCUGUAGAUUAUGUUAUGCAUGAUAUUAAUGUAAUUCCAAUCUAUGUGUAUAAUCGAAUAAUUUUGACAACAUGAUGUCAUGCGAUGAAAGAUUUAAAUUGAUCAUAUGCUUGACGGCACGCUUUAAUAUAAUAUAAUUAAUUACACAUUGUAUUUAUAUUUAUUUAUUUAAUCUUAUUAAUUACUAAUAAAAAAUAUUUUAAGUA